AUGUGCUACAUCGAUGAAAAUUCGGUAAAGACUGAGCUUGAGAUUGAGAAGUUUGGAUUAAACCAACUUGAGAUUCAAGGCAAGCCCAUCAUUCAACAAAGAAUUCUACCGAGUCCGGCUGUAUCUAUCGAUAUCCCGCAUGUACCAGACCAAAGCACUUCGGCCCCUGGUGAAGAAAAUAGCAAUAUCAUAUUCAGACCAUGGAAGGCUUUUGGACCUUUUGUCGAUACAAUACAGGAUGGCGACCUUCUGCCGAGUCAGGACACAGUGCUCUUUCCUAAACCGCGACCAAGCGAAGGGGUCUUAGAGGAGGACGUCACAGAUCCAAUGCCCACUGCGGAAUCGUCCAAAAAGGUGGCGUCAAUCAGCCAGCUGUCGUUCAUGGUUCGACCGGAUAGUUUUGAGCGGGGCCAGCUUCGGCUAACUUGCAUAUCUACUGUACACUCAGUGUACAGCGAGCAAGCCGAGCUUGUAAUAAACGAAGAACGGCCACAAAUCGCCUCCGUGCUCGGCACAAGGGAUCGAGCAGGUAUGUCUUAG